CUGGCACCAGUCGUGGAUUCGUAGCGAAGACAAAUUAGUUGCGUGUGCCACCGCUGCCAUCGGCCUAGAAACUAACGAAAAGGUCGAAGUCAGAUUUGCUUUUCGCAGACUCGCGACUAACUUCGAAGAUACAGAAAUUGAAUUUGCGCAUCAUCAAAACUGCAUCCGUCGUUAAAAGAUUAAAUUUGUGAAACAAACCCCCCCCAAAAAACCAAGAUGGCCUCUUUCGUCGUCAGUAGCACCGUGUUACUCAUUCUUCUGGGUCUCUGUCAGGUGUGUGGUUUCUUCCUCGUCGCCGACUCUUCUCGCUGGAGACAACACGGACGAAACAUCAUUAAGGAGUUGGAAGAGAAACGCAGAAUGGAGAAACUCAUCGACUAUCUCGACUACGAAACGUCCGACAAGGAUUACGCCAAAGACCAAGGGGGACAACUCAAUCUGAAUCACAAGCAGUCGACAUUCACUGGGUCCUUCGGCCCAUGGAGAGGAAAGCGGAACGAAGUUGGUGGCAAAAAUGAAAGGAUCGAAAAUUAAAAUUGUGAUCAGUGUCAAUAUUUUUUGGUUACAAUAAAAGAAGAACUGAAAA